AUGUUUACCUUGUCUCUACGACCGCCAUCGCUGCAGUACGUUGAUCGCAUCCACGAGCAGCGGAGGAAUCAUUAUCUUAGGCAUAUUUCAAUGCCGUCACCGAUCCUCGACGAAACCGAAAUCAGAGUCUCGCCCAAACGAAUGGACGCAACACUUCUCAACACCAACCCACCAAGCAUCUACCGUCAAGAACCUAGCCACGACGUCGACCUAGCCUGGGCAUCUUUGUACGAUACGCGGCCAGUGGCACUCACCCGCGACCAAGUCCUCGCUAUGGGCAAAGACCCGGCUUCAGCCGCGCGUAUCCCAUCUUCCUGGGGCCGGGGCAAUGACAGCUACUUCGGGCGGGUUGACGUAUUCCACCAACUUCAUUGCUUAGACGCUCUUCGUCGCGAGGCGCGCUUCGAACACUACUACGGGGCAAAGUACCCUGGCGGGUUCGACACAACGUCCGAGAUGCACCGCCUGCAUUUGUCCCACUGCGUCUGGCUUCUGGCGCAAAAUAUCAUGUGCUCUGCGAAUACGGACAUGUAUACGCACGUGUGGACGGACGUGCUAGACCAUCCGUUUCCGGAUUUCAAUAUCGAGCAUAAAUGUAAGGACUACGAUGCUCUCAUGGAGUGGCAACAGAAGAACGCGCUGGAUGAGGACGACUUCGUGGCGCUGAGGAGGCCGGAGGGGUACCCUUAUCAUGCUAUGACGCACAAGUUUAAGGAGAUUCAUAACUGGUUUUCGUUCCAUGAGGACGAUGGAGAUUUUGAAUCUGGAGAGAUUGCGUAG